AUGCGGAUUUUAAUCCGGUUUUCUCUUCCUGGCAUUAGUGGUGACCUGCCCGACUCUCUGGAUGCCUUUGAUGAACGCACAAAGAUGGAAUUCAACCUCUUUCCCACCGCCACUCCCAGCCUGACUGGUGAGGUCCUAAACGAAUUUAUGCUGCCGACUAAUGUUCGCAAGCGAAAACCCAUCUCCCUCCUGGACGCAGAAGCUCAAGCCGACAAGGCGAGGAAGCAGGCAGAACUCGAGGCCAAAUAUGCUCUCUGGAAUCGAGGGUAA